AUGGAUCAAGUCAAAAUUUCUACAUCUAGACUGUUUUGUAAUAGUAUUGUGGAAAACAAAGAUGAAUUUGAAGAGAAAUAUGAAAGAAGUUACCAAUCAUUACAAAGUUUAACUGCUGGGCUGUCCGAUAAGGAGACUCACGAUGCUCUAACGAGAGCUAUUGUAAAAGAUAAAGGACAUGAAGAAAUGUCCUUAGGCUUACUUGCAUAUCGUGACCUGACCCUGAUCUCUAGAGAUGGUUUAACACUGGUGGUUAGUCAUCUUAGUCAACUUGUUCUUGAACGCUACCUUAAAUUCAAUGAUGUUACUCGCACUCAACUAAUGUGGCUAUUACGUGAAAUGAUUCGAAAUGGAGUUAACAAUGUUGAUACUUUAUGUUGGAAUGUUUUACGUCAUGCUGCAGGCGGCGAUAUUUCACCAAGAAAUAUAUUUUUAGUGGAAAAUCUAUUGGACAUUUUUUUAGAAAACAGGGCUUGGUUGGACAAAUAUCCAGUGCUCUUAUCAUCAGUAGUUUAUUCCUUUUUAAGGUUAAUAGAAGACCAUUGUAUUCCACAAUUACAAGCCUUACGUCAAAAAGAAGUUACUUUUGUUGUAACAUUAGUGCGUGAACGAUUUGCUGAAUGUCUAUCUAUCGGUCGUGACUUUUUGAGACUAUUGCAAAUUGUUGCUAGAAUUCCAGAAUUUGAACAGCUCUGGAAAGAUAUUUUACUAAACCCUAAAAUUUUAUCACCCAAUUUUACAGGCGUUCAACAACUUAUGCAACAAAGAACUUCUAGACGCUACCUUCAAUCACGAUUAACACCUGAAAUGGAAAAAAAAUUAGUUUUUUUUACAGGAAAUGUCAGAUUUGGUGCUCAUAAACGAUAUCAAGACUGGUUUCUAAAGCAGUAUUUAAUGACAACCGAAUCCCAAUCUUUAAGAAUCGAUUUAAUAAGAUUCAUUGUCGGAGUUAUUCAUCCUCCGAACGAACUUUUGUGCUCAGAUAUAAUUCCACGAUGGGCUGUUAUUGGUUGGCUUUUAACUACUUGCACAUCUGCUGUAGCUGCAGCAAAUGCAAAAUUAGCUUUGUUUUACGAUUGGCUAUUUUUUGAUCCCGAACGAGAUAAUAUAAUGAACAUUGAACCCGCUAUUUUGGUAAUGAGUAAUUCUAUGAGGUCUCAUCCUGCCGUCACUGCCACUCUUUUGGACUUCAUGUGCCGAGUCAAACAAGUAAAAUUAGGAAUGCAUGCAUCUCUUAAGCAAAUUGUUAAAAUGAGGGUUUUAAGCUCAUUAGUUCCACUUUUUGAUAGUCCAAAAUUAGAUAGAGAUCUUAGAAAUAAAGUUAGGGCAACAUUUAAGGAAAUUGAAGAAGCUCCUGCAAUUAUACGAGAUGAAGCAAUUUCCGAAGCCCCAAAUAAUCACACAGAUAUUUUAGAACCUGAACCUGCUUUCAGUGAUGAUGAUGAAUCUCACGGCAAUAAUGACGAUGAAGAUGACAUUCCUCUAGCUAAAGUAAGACUGCGAGAAAAGCCAGGAGUGGAUACUAGAGAGCUUUUGGAUCCGGAAAUGGUAAAUGUAAUUGAUGAACUAUCGGCAGGAGCUGAUAAUGAAGCAAAAUGCGAGGCAAUGGAAAAAUUGGUUCAGUUAAUUUUAGACGAAGAAGAUUUGGAUAGUCAAGUAGUUUCUCAAUUAGCUUAUGCCUUAUCUGUAGCCCUUCAGCGUCAAUUCGAAGAUCCCGUAUUUCCUUCUAAAGUAAAUGACGAAUCAUUGGAAGAUAGUAUAGGUCGACCUUUAUUUGUUUUGUUUAGAAAUAUUUCUCAAUUACCAGAAAGUGAUAGAAGAAGACAACCAUUGUUAAUGAUUUUGGCUGAAUUAAAAUCCAUACAGCCAAGAUUGGGUUACUUGUUUUUAUAUUUUUUAUUAGUUUGUAAAUUAAAUAAAGAAAACGGCUCAGUUUACCAAAAUUUUUGCCAAACUCUAGAAAAAAGCUUAGAAGUUUGUUUAUUAGAAGAUUUGUCUUUAUGUCAAGAAGAUGACGAUAGAUUACUUUUUUGGUUAGUUCAAGGAAUUUAUGAGAAAUUUUCAAGCACUGCUACCAACAACCCGAGCAUUAUUCAUUUAAUCGUUUCAACGAUAGACAGUCUUCAAUUACAAGAGCUUAUUUUUUCUAUUUUGUUAGGUCGAUUACUUAUGUUUACUGAAGAAAAAUUUUCACUCCUUAUAAAAGAAUCUUUAACAUGGGAAUCAUGGGAGCAAGUUUGCCUCUGGCAAUUGGUAACCGCUCACGGAAUACCUUUGCCCACUGCUGAAAUAAUGAAACAUUUGUUAUCAAGAACAAUAUCGUCACCGCAGGACAAAUUCGUGGUUUCAAUUUUAAAGUACUGGGCAGCAGAACACGAAGACAAAUUUGCUGAAUUAGUCGGAAGUUUAUUAAAUAGUAGAUAUCCAGGAACGUCUCCCAAUAAGCGAAAACGAGGAGCUAAAUCAAAUUUGAAUUCGUCGGGACCUCCAACAGCUGAUCAGGUUCAUUUAGAUCAUUUACGACAAUGUUGUGAAAUAGCUGACCUUCACGUGUAUUCAUUAGAACCCAUUCAGAGAGCUUUACAGGUGGCUCAAUUAAACGGAAAUGACACACAAAAACAAAAUUAUUCUGAUCUUUUUGCUUUGGCAGAAACAGAAGAAAAAAAUCAAAAAACGUCCGGUCGGGGAGGUCAAAAAGUUGGAAAAAGUAGAUCUAGUAAACCAAAGGCAUCUUUAAAAGAAAUUUCAGACAGUUCUGAAAAUAGUAGUGAUGAAGAAGAAAUAGUUAAACCAAAGCAACCGAAAAAGCGAAAAAAGUUAAUUGGAUCAGAUAGUGACUGA